AUGUGGUUCCCAAGGGUUUCAAUCCUUCUGCUGCUCAUCAUUCUUUUCUCCUUGUUCCAGUCCCCUGCUUUUGCAAUCAAAAAGUCUUAUGUAGUAUACUUGGGAUCACAUGCACAUGGUCCUCAAAUUUCUAAGGUUGAUCUUGAUGCAGUAGCCGAUUCUCAUCAAGAGUUUCUUGGAUCAUAUUUGGGAAGUAGUGAGAAGGCAAGAGAUGCGAUUAUUUACUCGUAUGACAGGCAUAUUAAUGGCUUUGCUGCCAUGCUUGAGGAGGAAGAGGCAGCUGAAAUUGCACGGCAUCCAAACGUUGUGUCGGUUUUCUUGAACCAGGGAAGAAAACUACACACAACACAUUCAUGGGAUUUUAUGAUAUUGGUGUUGGAUGGUGUUGUCGAUCCCUCUUCUUUGUGGAAGAGAGCUAGAUUUGGUGAAGAUUCAAUCAUAGCCAACCUUGACACCGGUGUUUGGCCUGAGUCGCUUAGCUUUAGCGAGGAAGGAAUUGGGCCCGUACCAUCAAAAUGGAAAGGAACAUGUGAGAAUGAUACUGCGGUUGGAGUCCCUUGCAAUCGGAAGCUUAUAGGAGCUAGGUACUUCAACAGAGGUUAUAUUGCAUAUGCAGGAGGCCUCACCUCCUCUGAUAAUUCUGCUCGUGACAAAGAUGGUCAUGGAACUCAUACCUUGUCAACCGCAGGCGGUAACUUUGUUCCAGGAGCAAAUGUUUUUGGCUUAGGAAAUGGAACUACUAAAGGUGGUUCCCCUAAAGCUAGAGUGGCUUCCUACAAGGUGUGCUGGCCACCGGUCAAUGGCAGUGAAUGCUUCGAUGCAGAUAUCAUGAAAGCCUUUGACAUGGCCAUACAUGAUGGGGUCGAUGUGCUUUCGGUGUCACUUGGUGGCGAACCUACUGAUUACUUCAAUGAUGGCCUUGCUAUUGGAGCAUUCCAUGCCGUCAAAAAUGGUAUUACUGUCGUUUGCUCUGCGGGAAAUUCUGGACCAAUGGAUGGAACGGUCACUAAUAAUGCACCUUGGAUUAUAACUGUUGGAGCAAGUACCUUGGAUAGAGAGUUUGAAACUUUUGUAGAGUUACGUAACGGAAAGCGCCUCCAGGGCACAAGCCUUUCAAGUCCUUUGCCUGAGAAGAAAUUCUAUCUCCUCAUCACCGGGGAACAAGCCAAGGCUGCCAAUGCAUCUGCAGCAGACGCCUUGUUGUGUAAGCCUAAAUCACUGGAUCAUGAGAAAGCCAAGGGUAAAGUUGUGGUUUGUCUUAGAGGAGAAACUGGUAGAAUGGAUAAGGGCUAUCAAGCUGCUUUAGUUGGUGCAGCAGGGAUGAUUCUUUGCAAUGACAAGGCAAGUGGCAACGAAAUCAUAGCAGAUCCUCAUGUUCUCCCAGCAGCACAAAUUACCUACACAGAUGGUCUUGCUGUAUUUGCCUACAUUAAUUCCACCGACCAUGCUCUAGGAUAUAUUUCCGCACCAACAGCAAAGUUAGGGACAAAACCUGCUCCAUCCAUGGCUGCAUUCUCCUCUAGAGGGCCAAAUAUUGUCACGGCAGAGAUAUUGAAGCCUGAUAUAACUGCACCAGGAGUGAACAUUAUAGCAGCCUUUAGUGAAGCAUUCAGCCCUACUGAUUUUGACUUUGAUAAGCGCAAGUCUCCUUUCAUCACCGAAUCUGGCACAUCUAUGUCUUGUCCACAUGUUGCAGGUGCUGUCGGACUUCUUAAAACUCUCCAUCCUGAUUGGAGUCCAGCUGCAAUCAGAUCUGCAAUCAUGACAACCGCAAGAACGAGAGCCAACACUAUGACACCAAUGGUUGAUGGGAGAGAUGGUUUGGAAGCAACACCAUUUAGUUAUGGUUCUGGACAUAUAAGACCAAACCGCGCUCAGGAUCCAGGCUUGGUCUAUGACUUGAGCAUCAAUGAUUACUUGGACUUCCUGUGCGCUAGCGGAUACAACUCUACCAUGAUAGAACCCUUCUCUGAUGGUCCCUAUAAAUGUCCCGAGUGAACUAGUAUUUUUGAUUUCAACAAUCCUUCAAUAACUAUACGCCAGCUACGUAACUCAAUGAGUGUGAUCAGAAAAGUGAAGAAUGUAGGCCUACCAGGAACUUAUGCAGCCCAUGUUCGAGAACCAUAUGGGAUUUCAGUUGCUGUGGAGCCCAGUAUCUUGACAUUUGAGAACAAGGGUGAUGAGAAGAGUUUUAAGGUUACUUUUGAGGCUAAGUGGGAUGGCGUCACUGAAGACCAUGAAUUUGGAACCCUAACAUGGACGGAUGGUAGACAUUAUGUAAGGAGUCCUAUUGUAGUUGCUUUUGGAGGUGAUUAUUAGAGAUGACAAGGAAGAUUGUCUUAUUGUAGGGUUUUGCAAGAGGUGGGAUCAGUAAUAAUUAAUAUAGGGAGCAGGUCAUGACUUUCUUUUUAUUUGGGUCAUUAUUGAAGUAGUUUUUUCUAUAGUAGCAUUGUUGUUUAUUGUUUACCUCAACAGUGUAUUUCAUGUCUUUCUUUCAUAUUCGUUGGGAUUUAGUGUCCAGAUGAAUGGUUAUGGUAAUUAUUGUUAUGAUCACAAUCAAGCAGGGGUAC